GUUACAAAUAACAAGUACGAUGAGCCUUGCCGAUACUUGAAAGUAUAAAAAGCUCCGCGCCCGCUGGUUAACCACACAACCCGAUCACUAACUCAACAACCAACAUGUCAGCCAAAUUCGUCGUUCUCUGCGCACUGGUGGCUGUGGCCUCCGCCGGGCUCGUCCCCGUCGCCAAGGUGGCGUACGCGGAACCGGAAGCGCCCGCGCACUACGAGUUCCAGUACUCGGUGCAGGACGGCCACACCGGCGACGUGAAGCAGCAGCAGGAGGCGCGCGCCGGAGACGCCGUGCACGGCUCCUACUCGCUGGUGCAGCCGGACGGCGUGCAGCGCAUCGUGGACUACACCGCCGACGCGCUGCACGGGUUCAACGCCGCCGUGCGCUACGAGGGACACCCCGUCGCCGCGCCCGCCCCAGCCAAGCUCGCCUACGCCGCGCCCGUCGCCAGAGUAGCCUACGCCGCGCCCGUCGCCAAAGUAGCCUACGCAGCGCCCGUCUCCUACGCCGCUCCCGUCGCCAGAGUAGCGUACUCCGCUCCCGUUGCAUACUCCGCUCCCGUUGCCAAAGUGGCGUACUCCGCUCCUCUUGCUCAAGUCUCCUACUCUUCUCCCGUCGUCUCCUACCACCACUAGAAAUAGAAUGUUAUACUUAUAAACCUAUUUAUUCUGUUAAAUAAACGCUUAGUCAACUCAAA